CGUAAUUCUUGAAAAAAAAGUUUUCAUGAAAUUUGAAACCAUGGUUUUUUUUGUUGUUUGUAUUAUUAUUCGAUAUAAUAAUUUGCACGUGCAGCAGCACAUUUGAUUGUUGUUGUUGUUGUUGUUAUGUGAAUCGGUAGAUGUAUAUGAAAACAAAAUUGGCACGACAACAUUCUUUAAAUUUUAUUUAAUGCAAAAAUAAUAAUUUAAAAAUAAAUCGACCAUAUUCAAACAGAUAUCAACAUUCAUUUUUUUUUGUUGUUGUUGUCAUAAAUUCCAACGAAAAAAACAAUCGAAAAUACUCAAUUCUUGCAAGUCAUUAUUGUAUUAUUUAGAUACUCAAAGUGAAAAAAAAUCUGCAGGUUUCAAUUGGAUCAAUAAACAAACAGCCCAUUUAUCCUUAUCAAUAUUAUCAGCACUUUUUUUUAUUGUGGUUAUUGCACACACACACAAACAAAACUAAAAAAACGCUACGAUAUAAACCAUUCUGUUGUGAUUCUGAUUGUCCAUUCAUUCUAGCUACAAUGUCACAAGAAGAAAAAUCAAUUCUUGGCCUUGGAAAUCCAUUAUUGGAUGUUAUUGCUACUUGUAAUGAAGAUUUUCUUAAAAAAUAUGAUCUCGAAGCCAACAAUGCCAUUUUGGCUGAAGCUAAACAUGAAAAACUUUGUGCCGAUAUGAGUGAACAAUUUAAGGUUCAAUAUUUAGCCGGUGGUUCGGUACAGAAUUCGAUGCGUGUUGCACAAUGGUUUAUGCCACGACCAAAUGUAUGUUCAUUUUUUGGCUGUGUUGGUGAAGAUGAUUUUGCCAAACAAAUGAAAAGUAAAGCAGAUGAAGAUGGUGUAAACGCUGUUUAUAUGGUUGAUCCGAAAACAGCUACCGGUACUUGUGCCUGUUUGAUCACUAAGAAUGGUAAAUGUCGAUCAUUAUGUGCAUAUCUUGGAGCAUCACAAAAAUUCUCAAUCGAUCAUGUACAUAAAAAUUUCGAUUACGUUGAAUCGUCACGUAUAUUCUAUGUUUCUGGUUUUCAUUUGAUUAUCAGUUUGGAACCAACACUAUUAUUGGCUAAACAUGCACAUCAAUUUGAACAUAAAUUGUUUGUAAUCAAUCUUUCUGCACCGUAUAUUUCUCAAUUUUAUUCAGAACAAUUACUUCAAGUUAUGCCUUAUGUAGAUCUAUUGUUUGGUAAUGAAACUGAAGCUGAAGCUUUUGCUAAGAUGCAAAAAUGGGAGACAAAUGAUAUGAAAAUUAUUGCUCAAAAAUUGGCUGAUUGGCAACCAUGUCAUCGUCCACGAACAGUUAUUGUAACACAAGGAAAAAAUCCCAUUAUUGUUGCCUAUACAAAUCAACGACUACCAAUGGAAAUGUUUACAGUUCCAUUAUUGAAUGAUAAUGAAAUUGUCGAUACUAAUGGUGCUGGUGAUGCAUUUGUUGGUGGAUUUUUAGCUUAUCGUUUGGCAGCCAAACCAAUGGCCGAAUGUAUAAAAGCAGCUACUUUUGCUGCACAAGAAGUGAUUAAACAAUCUGGUUGCGUUUUUCCUAAAGAAAAUCGUAUGAAACUUGUUUAAAUGAAGACACA